CAGACGGGGGAGUCACGGAGCCUUCGCCGCCGCCUCUAAGCUGCUGCAGCCGGACACAGAAGCAGCACACCCGGCCGCAGACACGGAGCCAUGGCCGCUGAGGGCAGCCAAUCCACGGCCUGCACCGGCUCCAGCCUGCUGCAGCCGGUCAGCGAGAUCACCAACCUGCCGCUGGACCAGGUAAACUUUGUGGUAUGUCAGCUCUGUGCUUUGCUGUCGGCCUUCUGGUUUCGUCUUUUCCUCCAUCCCAGUAAAACCAGUCCCUUCAUCAGACAUGUGGUGGCGACUCUACUGGGACUCUACUUCGCUCUGUUCUGCUUUGGCUGGUACGCUCUUCACUUUCUGGUUCAGAGCGGACUCACCUACGGCAUCAUGAUCCUGACCGGAGUCGAACACAUGCACAAGUACUGCCUGCUGGUGGCGCUCAGCUACCUGAGCCUGUGUCAGAUCACUCGAGUCUACGUCUUCGAUUACGGCAUGUACUCUGCAGACUUCACCGGACCCAUGAUGGUGAUAACACAAAAAAUCACCAGCCUGGCGUUUGAAAUCCAUGACGGGAUGGCACGGAAAGAGGAACAUCUGACUGCAGGGCAGAAGAUUCUGGCGAUAAGGAGGAUGCCCAGUCUGCUGGAGUACUUCAGCUACAACUGCAACUUCAUGGGGAUCCUGGCCGGACCCACCUGCUCCUACAACGACUACAUCGCCUUCAUCGAGGGACGACCCUGUCGCUAUAGAGACAAGGAAGCUGACAGGAAGUCCAGCAGCAAGCUGAGGCAGAGCGAGCCCUCACCAAACACGGAGGUCGUCCGUAAAGUGGCCACUUCCUUCUUCUGCCUCCUGGUCUUCCUGUCGGUGUGUAAAGUUUUCCCAGUGGAGCGAAACAUAGACAACGACUUCAUCGCCAACACGCCGUUCUACGCUCAGGUGGUCUACCUGUACCUGUCCAUGCUGACCACCAGACCGAAGUACUACUUCGUCUGGACCCUGGCUGAUGCCAUCAACAACGCCGCCGGCUUCGGCUUCAACGGCUACGACAGUGACGGCGUUCCUCGCUGGGACCUCAUCUCCAACCUGAGGAUCCUCAACAUCGAGUUUGCCACCAGCUUCAAAGUUUUCCUGGACAACUGGAACAUUCAGACAGCUCAUUGGCUCAAAAGGGUGUGUUACGAGCGAUGUCCGUACCACCCGACAGCAGCCACCUUCAUCCUCUCAGCCAUGUGGCACGGAGCUUAUCCAGGCUACUACCUGACCUUUCUCACCGGCAUCGUCGUCACACUGGCCGCUAGAGCGGUCAGACACAACGUUCGGCCAUAUUUCCUUCAGUCACCUUCCCAUAAACUUGUCUAUGACGUCAUCACAUGGGCAGCCACUCAGAUCGCCAUCUGCUACACAGUGGUGCCUUUCGUACUGUUGUCCGUCGGACCAUCGAUAAAGUUUUACAGGUCCUGGUACUUCAGUCUUCAUAUCGGCUGUGUCCUGCUCGCCAUUGCUUUGCCUGUCAAACCGAGACAUCUCCGACUCAAAGACCAGCAGAAAAACUUCCCCAAGGAGCCGGUCCAGCACCACCCGGAGGCUACAGAAAGCAACUGCAGCCAGAAGGAAAAAACUACAUGAGACAGAGGACAAAGCACAGUCCUGUACGACAUUAUAUUUCCAUUCACUUGUAUAGAAAGACGAGGAGAUUAAUCACAUCGAACGGACCUUCUUCCCGUCUGGGGUUUUAUUGGAUUCAUGGGAUGAUGGACUCGAAAACAGGUCUUGAACUUUGAAGGCCUGUGUUGUACUUGAUGAAGCUUUUUCCCUACAAAUGACUGCCAGGAACAGAAGUUCAGAGGUUCAUACCAAUACUGCGAUGAUGGAGGAUAAAAUAUAUAUAAAGUACACAUAUAUACUGAACUGUCACGGCCACCUGUGAAGUGUUAAACUAUCAUUCUGGUCAGAAACCUGCUGAUUGUUCAUCUGCAGGAAUGAAUGAGUUACAUGAAAUGAGAAUGAGAAAGUGGUGAGUGAGGGGAUGAAUGAAUGAGCAGGUCAGUGAGUUAGUGCAUUAAACAAGUGAACGAAUGAGUAAAGAAGCAGAAGAAAACGAUCUUUUCUCCUCCACAUUCCUCUGAUUUCACAGACUGACUGUCAUCGUGUUAUAAUCUAUUAAAUCACAAUGUCACAGUGUUCAUAGAAAUGAGUUCUGGAGAAAGUGCCAAUGAUUAUUCCACUCAGUCGCCUUAGUUGUUUGUUUUGUUUUUUACAAGAAAAAGAAAAAUCCUAUUUACUCUUUCUUGAUGUGUGAGCGGCGAGGAGGGCGUCGUGUUUACAUUUGUAGAUGUCAGUUUUUGUCAAGUAGUUAUUUGUGUAAUCAGCACCACUUUCUGAUAAGGCACCAGCUCUAAAUGGUUCAUUUUAUGGCACACAGGCCAACAGCCAGUCACUUUUUGUAUAAGUUAAUAAAUGGUUAUACCAUAAUGAAUCUGCAGUUGUAAAUGUUAAUAAGCAAUUUAUAGUGGCUUUUGGUCCAGAUGUCCUGCAGAAGAUAAUUGAUCAAACAGUCCAUUGAAGACGUCUCCCCAACGAAUUAAAGAGAUAAAAAGAUUCAUGGCUUAUAUCUGAUCUGUGAAACGUUAGUGAAUGAUUUAUUAACCAUUAAUAAAGCCACUAAUUACAGCAUAUAAACCAUGUAUAAAUGCUGCCUUAUCAGAAAGUGGCACCAUGUAAUUUAUGUAAUUUAAACAGAUGUGGUUUGGUGUAAGACACACAAGAGAAGACGAAGAAGAAACAAAGCUUCGUAAAAUUUUAAGAAAUGAGCUUAAACUGUAAAAUUCAAACGUCCAUAAUGUGAACAUUUCCACUGUUCAAUCGUUUGGUUCAGCUAAUCGUUCAGUUUACAAGUUAAAAUGUUUGGUACAAGUAAUGAUUCAAAUUAGAGUUUCAGUUGAGCUCGAUGUUUUUGUUUUGUACCGUGCCAUGUUAGAACCAGCUAACGUGACACAUGUUAGAACCAGCUAACGUGCCAUGUUAGAACCAGCUAACGUGCCAUGUUAGAACCAGCUAACAUGACACGUUAGAACCAGCUAACGUGCCAUGUUAGAACCAGCUAACGUGACACAUGUUAGAACCAGAUUCCUUCUAACCAUAUUUUCUUGAUGACCUCCUGUUGCUCUUCAUCAGGGUCAGAAGGUUACGAGAGGACAGAAAGACACUUUGGAUUUUACUGUCUGUUCAUGCUUGUUGUUGAAAUCAGGAAAGCACAUUUCUGUUUUCCUGUUUCCACGUUUGUAUUUUCAGUUAUGUUAAGUUUGAGUUAUUUCUUAAAUCAUUUCAUGACAGCUGGUUGAGGAUGUGACACUGCUGAUAAAUACAGAGGCUGCACAGUUAAUGUUCUCACACCGAACCACACACCUGUCUGUAGCUUGGAUAUGGGCAGUAUAUGUUUGUUUGUUAUUUGUAAAUGAUGUGAUUAA